AUGGCGAUCGACAGGAUCGAGCAGGUGGUGCAAAGUCGGCCGGAAAUGCUGCACACAGCUUCCGCGAUCAAAAGUGUAAAGAUCCCGAAGCUUGAAAUCAAUGGAGCGGAAGUGAGGAGCUUCUUCUUCAAACCGAAGCCGCUGCGCUGCGACAAAAAUCCGACAAAUUGGGUUUAUAUUGACGACAAACAUCUAGUGCAGUACAUUAAGCAAAGAAAGAAUGCAGAGUGCCGAGGAGAGUAUGUUACUCGAAAAGACGAUAACAAUAACCACAUAAAUCCUUUUGACUCUCUUCCUAGUGGAAAACCACUAAGUUCAGACUUCGCAAUUGUGCAUUGCGUAGAUGGAACGGAAAAGUGGAGUGGGAUACUGAUGAGCGUAGUGAGGCGAGAUGAAAACCAGCUGCUCAGGAAAAAAGUUACACCUGCACCUGAUAGUUCAGGCCUAAAUGUCUUCUUCCUCGGAUUUGAUUCUCUCAGUCAGAUGUCAUUCAGAAGGAAAUUGCCGAAAACCGUAGAAGUGCUAGAGAAUUCUCUCGGUUCUGUAGUGUUAAAUGGUAAGAGUUGA